UAUCACAACAGCGUGAUAGGCUGACAGACGGCGAAAUUUGCCAUAUCGUUAGAGCUACACUUGAGGGAAGGACAGGUCUAAAACAUGGAUUCGUCAAUAUUUUUGUUAAUUCUUGCCCUGUUUGGUCUCGCUCAUGCCAAUGCCAGAGACAUUGAGGCGAUACUGAAGCGACUAGAAAUACUCGAACAAAAUGAAAUAUUACUAAGAAAUGAACUUGCCGCAAGAGACGACAUAAUCGAAAACUUGAAAGAUGAACUUGCAUCUAUGAAAAGCGAUGUUAGAAGUUUGAAAAGCGAUAUGAAAGACUUACAAUUGGCUGUGGACUUGGGACGAUCAGUGAAUGAAAGCAUUCAUGAAAAGCUUCAUUUGUGUGAAGAGGACGUGCGCAAGCGAUUGGUUAUGAGCGAUGUGGAAGCUGUCGGAUUUCAUGCCGUUGUAAAUACACAAGAACUCACCCACUUAACCUUCGGUCAGCCCAUCAUUUUUGAGACCGUCUUUACAAACGUCGGCGGGGCUUAUCACAACAACCACGGCCUUUUCAUCGCUCCUGUCAGGGGAUUGUAUAUCUUUUCCGUGUCUAUUCUUUGCGAUUACCCACCACAUAAUCACAUCGAAACAGCUCUGGUUGUCAACGGAUCUCGCAAGGCGCUGACGCACAGCUACGGUGCAGACAAUGUGCGUGACCAGGGCUCUAUCACGAUUGUUGUACAAUUGAACGCGGCGGACGAGGUCUGGGUAGAGUUGGGCUGGCCGAACGAUGCCUAUCUCUUCGGUAAUAUGUGGACAUCCUUUACUGGUGCAAUUAUUACAAGAGUCGAGUAAUUUAAGCACCAUGAAGCAUCUCAUGAUUGUGUUGUAAACGAGCCUUUAUUGUCUUAAAAAUAAAAGACAUUGAUUCAC